AUGUGGAUGCGUGCCUGGAAAAAACAACGCAUUGAGCUUGAACGAGAGCUUGACAGACAGCCCACGCGACCUCGCCCAGAGCGCCUUAGUUUGGUCAGCCCUACGCAGCAACGGGUCCUCGAGUACAGCCCAACGCAGCAAACACAUCUCCGUGGACGCUUCAUUUCUACUGCCCAAAGCGCCAAUUUGCCCGAGAUGCAAUUGUUUGUAAAUCCGUUCCGGAAGCACGAUGUUUCCGAUUUCCCCGGCGUUCUAGUACCUCUGCGGGAUGCUCAUCGGCACAGAUCGGUGGUGACGGCUGGCGAUGAGAAGCUUGAUGGUAUUGAUGGAAAAACCAGCCCUAACGGUGCCAAUGAUGAGGAGCAGCCUCAUCGCAACAGCGAAACCUACAGCCCUUACACUAUUGAAGGAUUGAGGGCCGAAAUUGCUCACGAAGUCGCUGCUUCGGGUCACGAUAGUGUCUACGACCGCAAAUCAAAACUCAUCAAUUUGGCCAUUCAAGACAUUGGUAUGGGCCGAUACAACUGGCAGCUGUUUGCGCUGUGUGGUUUUGGAUGGUUUGCAGACAACCUUUGGCUUCAGGGAGUUGCUUUGACUCUUCCGUCACUGUCCGCAGAGUUUGGUGUUGACACCACCAAUGUGCGAUAUACGACUUUGGCGACCUUUUUAGGUCUUUGCAUCGGCGCCAGUGUUUGGGGUAUCGGCUCUGACGUAGUGGGUCGUCGGCUGGCCUUCAACAUGACCCUCUUCAUCGCUGGUGUUUUUGGUCUUGCCGUUGGCGGGGGUCCCAACUGGAUCGGAGUUUGCGGCAUGUUUUCCGCUCUCGGAACCGGAGUUGGCGGUAACCUUCCUGUCGAUGGCGCUCUCUUCCUCGAGUUCCUUCCCAUGGCCUCGAGCGGACUCUUGACCUUGUUGUCUGUCUGGUGGCCCGUCGGCCAAAUGAUAGCUUCGUUUUUCGCGUGGGCGUUUAUUCCCAACUACAGCUGUGCCUCGGACCUCAAAUCCUGCAACCUUACUCCCCCCGGCCAGCCAUGCUGCGGCAAAGACAACAAUAUGGGGUGGAGAUAUCUUACCUUUACCCUCGGAGCAAUCACCUUUGCCAUGUUCUUGUGCCGAUUCUUCCUCUUCCACCUCUUUGAAUCUCCAAAAUUCCUUCUCGCGCGGGGCCGCCAGUCUGAAGCUGUUGCCGUCGUGCACGGUCUCGCAUACAAGAACAGAACCACCACGUGGUUGACCGAAGAGAUUCUCGACGAGGUUGGCGGGCUCAGCGAGGUCAAGACCAACACCAAGCUGAGCUUCUUCCAAGUCGUUGAGCGGCAACUUACCAAAUUCUCCUUGGAACGGAUUAAGCCCCUCUUCCACACCAAAAGGCUCGCCAUUACCACCAUUCUUGUCUGGUUCUGCUGGGCCACCAUCGGCAUGGGCUAUCCCCUCUUCAACGCUUUCCUGCCCCAGUAUCUCGCAAACGCCGGCAGCUCUAGCGGUCCGACUCCCACGUCUGUAGUGUACCGUGACUAUGUCAUCACCUCGGUCGUCGGCGUACCCGGUUCCAUUAUUGGCCAUUACACUGUCAACAUCAAGUAUGUUGGCCGUAAGGGCACCAUGGCCAUUUCCACUGCCAUUAGCGGAAUCUUUCUCUUCUUAUUCACUUGCUCCACCAACUCCAAGUAUCAAGUCGCCUUCUCCUCUCUCGAGGCCUUUUUCCAAAACAUCAUGUAUGGUGUUUUAAAACUAACCAUCUCUUUCACCAACAGCACUCCCGAAGUCUUCCCCGCUCCGAACCGCGGCACCGGCACCGGUAUCGCCUCGUUCCUCAACCGUGUCGCUGGCUUCUGCGCUCCCAUUGUCGCCAUCAACGCUGGCCAAGUCAAUCCCAAAGCCCCCGUGUACGCCUCUGGCGGUCUCUUCCUUGCCGCCUUUGUCGCCAUGUGUUUGCUCCCUAUUGAAACAAUGGGCAAACAGAGCUUGUAA